AUGUCACGAAACUCACGAACCCCACGAACCCCACGAUCGCAGUCCGAGGUCGAGGAAGAGGCCCGCAUAUCGCAUGCUAUGAUGGCCAUGUCGGCUCCCGGCACGAUGUACGUCCAGCAUCCCCAAACGCAGCUGGCCGCCUACUGGCCGCACCCGAUGGAGAAUACGUACCAUCACGAGCAUGACCAGUACGUCGCCGUCGCGCUGCAACCGGUUGCGACGGAAUUGCAAAUGAAGCAGCACCCCAAUUUGCUUCCCCCAUGCGGAGACGUCAAACCUCGUCUCACCAAAGACCAACACGAGCUUCUCGAAACCCAUUUCCGAGGCGAGCCCAAGCCGACCACGCAGACAAAGAAGGAUAUUGCUGAAACCCUGCAAACUACGUUAGAUAAGAUAAAUAAUUGGUUCCAAAACCGUCGAGCUAAGGUGAAGCAAGACGCAAAGAAACAGGAAAUGAACCAACGAAAUCUUAUCAAUGUCCUUCCCAACGCGCAAAUCAGCGUGGUCGCGGUACCGCCUCGUUCGCGGACCUCUCAGGUACCCCCGUUUGGCCAGCCCGGAACCACCGACGACGACUCAGGAUCCGGUUCGCGGCCCUCGACGAGACGAGACUUUGGCAAUGCUGCCUUCAUCCCCGGAACAGGUCAACCGAGCUCCGGUCAACAGAAUGUGGGUAAUCCAACUUUUUCUGGAUACGAAGUGCCCGAGUCGGUCCCUGACCUCAAUGGAUUCACCGUUCCGCGGCAUCUCCAAGCGGAGGGACAAUCCAUGCGCUUCCAGUUGUCGCGGCCACAUAUGGUUUCAGGAUCUAGGGGAGACGUGUAUUACCCAUCUCCACCCACGGAGAUGGGCGCCUAUCAAUCGCAAUCGGAUUCCGACGAACCGCACAUUACGAUACCUCACGAUCAGGCUAAUACACAGGUCGAUGGCAGCAUGACUGACGAUUCAAUGCAAUGCUCGUCGACCAUGAAUCCUCCCUUUCCGGAAGCGACUGGUUUCAGGUCUUGGCCAUUGGACGGAGAACCUUCGAUCUCAAUACAAACAGCCGACGCCUUCGAUGAGAUCUCGAAUAGCAAUCCCGGCCUUGAGAGCGUUCAUUCGACUCCUAUUGUUUCUUCCGAGUGUUGGCCCAGUCAAGUCCAGACCGAUUCUCUCCUUCCAGGGCACUCCUACCAGCAGGUCGAUCACUCGGCUUCUCUGACCGGCCAACAGAACGAGAUGUUGGGCAAUCAUGCCCAGCCGGAUAUGAAUGGUUCUUUAAACGCGGCGAGACGCAGGUCUUCAGCCGCUGGCAUUACGGACACUCUUCUCGACAGCAAUAUGCAAGACCCCGACCUAACCGAGUCGCCUUUCAAACAACCGACUCGUACAGGCUUGGGCGACCGUCGAGCCCGCCGUCCUGCGAAUCUCACCGUCCCUCGGAGCGCGUCCUAUUCGCACGGCAUGUCUGGCCCUGCAUCUCCCGGCAACCUCUCUGCCACGCAUGCUGCCGACCUGUCCCUGCGCCGCAUUCGAUCAUCCGGACUCGGCGCUUCGGCAACUGGUCGCAUUCAAAAGAGCACCAACCCUACCCCCACCCAACGAUCUCCCCACCACCUCAACUUCGCCGACGCGGCUAACUUCGCGUAUGCGAAUACGCAGACGUCAUCCGGCCCAGGAACUGAAGUUGCACUAGGCCCGCUCACCCCGUUGACUCCUGCCGACUUGUCUCAGCCGUGGAUGCAUGGCAUUGGUCCGUGUAGCGAAAUCGACGGCAUCCAUUCCUCCCCUGACUCCUACAAUCCUGCCGGCAUGUCCUUCGCUCUGUCAUCUGCUACCUCGUCUGUCUUCCCUCCGGGCAUGGGCACUGGUACAUCACCGCCGACCACCCCGAUGGAUGCCGACCAAGUUCUGAAGCACCAGUCAUUCAUGAACGUCCGUGCCCAGCAGAUGCAUUACACUCCGCCCCAGAGCGCCCCUGCCACGCAACAGACGUUCGGACCCGCAGCGAUGGUUAUCCCGCCCAGCUCGCAGCCGAUGCAGUUCGAGGAUCCCCAGGACCAUCACGCCACUGCAGGGCUAAGCCGGAACGGGAGCAUCCGUCGCCCCUCUCUCCCCGACGUCUCCAUGAUGUCCUCGAUAUCCACCGACAUCCACGCGCACGAGAUGUCCCUCACCACGGACGACAUGUCCAUGAAUCCGCCGUUCUGGGGUCCGGUACCCAUGUUCAACGAGUCCGGUGCCCUGCAAUCCGCCUACCCUACACCCGACGGCAAGCUGCAGUUCGUCGGCGUGCCCUCCUCUCAGUUCGCGCAAAUGGACACGCAAUGCCAACCCUUCGCCCCGCAACUGCAGCAACCACCGCACCUCCACCCGCUCCACUGCCCAUCCCCCAGUUCGUCUGGCCACUCGCCGCACUCGCAACAGCUGACGCCGCAGCCGCACCACCUGCAGCCGACCCUCUCUAUGCAGUCCCUCUACUCCGCCAGCAGCAGCAACUCCAGCGCCAUGGGCUCCGCCACGGCGCCGCCUCAGCAGCCCGGGAUGAUCGCCACGGGGCUCGAGGUGCAUCAAUACCAGCCGCCACGCAAAGAGGAGAGCUACGGGUCGGGAAUGAGCGAGCAGCAGCAGCAACCGCCGCCACAGAAGGUGUAUCAGUUCAUCAAGGAGGAACCGGCGAACUAUUCCGGGAAAUGA